GUACCACAGCUUCAAUAUUUUCCGACUUUUACGCCAUCUCCUCACAGACACCUAGGUUACUAUAUUAUCAAAAUUCUCGGCAUGUAACCCAAACCUUUGAAAAAUAUUUUCGGCGGUAUUACUUCAACUUCAGUUGAGGUAAUACAGACAACCGGUGAAUCUAGGAUAUUAGCCUCAUUCGUAUCAUCUAUGGUAUUCAUACACCCCCCUUUUUUUUCUCAGGGGUCGCGUUGGUAUUGGCUGAUGAGCGUAGUAGCCAAUGUGGUGGAACCUAGUACGGCAUGCUCAGCCGCCUUGGACUUCACUUCUUGGCUCACAGUUGUUAAGGAUUGUCGGCGAAAUCUUUAUAAUAUGUUUAUGAUGCUUACGCAAUUUUUUUUUACUAAUUUCAAUGUUUGCUAUAAGAUCGAUCAUAGCUUCUAUGCACAAGAGUCUGCGAGGGGGCGUUUGCGUAUUUACCUAUAUAAUGUUUCCAGGGAUGAAAAGUUUACGUACCUAGCACUCCUCCUUAGAUCUAACCCUGCCUUACCCCGGUUCGAUGAACUUAUCAGAUCGUUUAACCAAUUGUGAUUGGCUGAUAAGAUUUUAAACUUUAGUACCGACAUUGCUUGUUUUGUGCCAAGAAAAAGAAAUACAUAUUAGUAUCCGUAUC